AUGGAAAGAACAUUACAUUUUGCCAUUCAUAAAAAAUGGGAAGACUUUAAAAAAGAAAUAUCACGUAUACCGCAUUCAAAUUGGAAACCAUCUAAACAUAUUUCCUGGCUUAUCGUAGAAUUAGAAAUGAAUAUAACUAUGCGAGAAAUUCAAAUAAAAGUAGCACAACAUAUGACACAACCAAAUAUGAAAACAGAUGAUUCCAAACUACGAAAUAUAGUGAUGCAAAUGAAUAUGGGUGAAGGAAAAACAUCAGUUAUUUUACCAAUGUUAGCUGUUAAUUUGUCUUCAUCUAAUUCCAAUUUAGUUCGUAUUAUAGUACUUAAAUCUUUGUUACCAACAAAUCAUCAAUCAUUAGGAUAUAAAUUAGGUGGCUUACUUAAUCGACGUAUUUUUCCAUUUGCAUGCCGUCGUGAUAUGAAUUUCAAUGAUGAACAAUUAAAUCAAAUUUUGAAACGCUUUCGACAAGGAAUAUGUAAUUAUGAUAUUAUAUUAACUUCACCACACUAUAAAAAAUAG